GCCUGGACUCGCCACUGUCUGGAAAAGUCGAGGGCGCGCUCAUCCUGCACGUUCGCGUCACUUCCUCAGUCUUUGCCCAUCCCUUUGGAAAAAAAGGAAAAUUCUCACACAGACAAACGACCGCAAGAAAAAAGAGCGAGGGAAAGUCGAGGAGGAGGAAGUGUGGGCAAAAGCCAGAUGAAAAAGUUGGGAACCGUCAAGGAAAGAGAGUGACGACCACUAUUGACGUCUUAAACCAUGCCACUUCACAAAUCAUCCCGGGCCUCUCGCUUGGACCCUACCAUGAUCUCAGCUCCCCUGGGGGACUUCCGCCAUACCAUGCACAUUGGAAGAGGAGGUGAUGCUUUUGGGGACACUUCUUUCUUGUCCACACUUGGUCCAAGUCCUGCCAGCACUGACCAGGGAAGCCCAGGGAACAUUCCAGAUGUGGAUCCCGAUGAUCUUCACACAGAUGGUCCCGGCGGCCCACCCAACGACGAGCCUCAGCACUCUGAAUCUGUGUCUUCACUCACCCUGGAACUGGACUUAGACCUGGGCCCGUCCAUGCUGGGUGAUGUGUUAGGAGUCAUGGAUGGGUUGGCGUUGGAACAGGAUGUUUUCAGCCCCAAAAGUGACACAUCUUUAAUGGAAACAAAGCAGGGAAAAGGAGUCACAGGGACAUCUGCGAACAUGGAGAAUGAGCUGAAUGGAAAGAACUUGGUUGGCUUGGAUGGAGACCAGUUGGGAGACAGCAGGAUACCAGGUGGGAGUAGCGUCAAGCAAAAAGGGUUAAAACCAAAGGUGAGAUUCAGUGACAAACGAGAGGAGAUCAUACAUCAGUCAGUGGAAGAUGAAGAGAGUCAAGAGCUCGACUUACAGGAAGACAAUCAGCUGGUGAGCUCAAGUCCAACCAGGGACGAGGUUGAGAGAGGUGAGCGGGGAGUAGAGGAGGGGGAAGCCGUGGUCACUAACCACCAAAUGGACUUCCCACCAAGUCCUGCCUCGUCACACAGCUCAGAUGGUGAUGAAGCCAUCCCAUUGGACAGGAGGAGGAUGGACAGCUGCCACUCGGAGACUGAUUCAGAGGAGGAGGAGGAGGAAGGAGAGACAGGAAGAGGCUACACAUUUGAAGAUGAGUUUGAUGAUGAAAUUGGUCUUUAAGAAAAAGCUGUGGAAGCUAUGGAAAACAAAUCUAUGCUGUUCAGGAUAUUCAGGAAACUGUAUGUUGUCCAUGUUAGCAUCUUAGCAGAGGGUGAUUCAAAGUGGAUUUUUAGUGAAGAUGUCGUUUCUCAACUGACAUUUAAAUGUCAAAUCUCCACCUCAAAAUCCAGUCAAAUGUUCAAAUGAAAUGUACUAUGUAGCACUUUGAUGUCAUUCCUGUAGGAUCCUCGCUCUGACGGAGACUUCCUGUUCUAAUGUGAGUGGAUCAUCAUUAGUUAUCUCCUGUUUAUUCAUUCAUCUUUUUGUCGACUUUAAAAGCUUCAACUGUCUGGACGGGAGAUGUUGUCAGAAAACAAAGUUAUUCUGUGUAUUAUGAAUUACUGUGAAUUGUCACAUUCCUGAAAUGACGUUGAUUCUCCAGUUUGGGCUUCAUCAAACCAACAGGGCUGCCAGGGCCAGACUGAUGAGAAAAUGCUUGGACAAUCGUGUAAUUAUUAAGUGUAAGACGGGGGCUCAGCGGUGUAUUUGGUCGCAUGUGUCUUUGUCCCUACAUGUUCGAUGCUGUGUGUUUGUUUCAUGCUGUUUAAGGGAGAGGUGGUUACAGUCAAAUAUAUAACCUGUGUUUAAGUGAUGAUUACAGUUCAAACAAUAAACCUCUUGGGAUUUGAUAG